UUAACUGUCAUGUGUUUUCCUCUUUAACAUCAGAUGACUUCUCAUGUUAUGAUAACCAUAUCCUCGAUCUAAAGCUAUCUUCGUCAUUUGUUCUGUGUAUUAGUGAUUAGAUAUCCACAUUUAAUUAAUGAAUUCGAAAGCAAAUCAUCAAUUAUUUGGUCCUUCAAAUAGAGUUUACAUUAAAUAAAAAAGAAUGGCCCACAAUGAAUUUAAAAGCAAUGUUAUCCAGCCAUUGUUAACUGAUCUUUACGAAGUUACAAUGGCUUAUUCCUUUUGGAAAGAUCGUAAACACGAUGUAAGAGCUGUGUUUGAUCUCUUUUUUCGAAAGAACCCUUUUCAAGGAGAGUUUACAGUUUUUGCUGGUUUGAAGGAUUGUUUACUUUAUCUCGAAAGUUUUCGUUUCUCGGCCAGUGAUAUCUCAUACCUUAAAAGCAAAUUACCUAAAAACACUGAACCAGAAUUUUUCGAUUAUCUUGCAAGUUUAACUGCUAAAGAUGUUACUGUACAUGCGGUCGAAGAAGGUACAAUUGUUUUCCCGAAAGUUCCCCUUGUAUCUCUUGAAGGUCCUUUAGCAGUGGUUCAAUUAUUGGAAACAACAUUUUUAACAUUAAUUAAUUUCGCAAGUCUGGUUACAACUAAUGCUGCUCGAUACCGUCUAGCUGCUCCUGAAAAUGUCAGAUUACUAGAGUUUGGACUCCGUCGUGCUCAGGGUCCUGAUGGUGGCUUAUCUGCAUCAAAAUAUGCUUUUACCGGAGGAUUUGAUGGAACCAGUAAUCUUCUCGCUGGUAAAAUUUUUGAUAUUCCUGUUUCUGGAACUCAUGCUCAUUCCUUUGUUAUGACCUAUUCUAAUGUUAACCAACUCAAUUCACGGACAUUGAAAAACGUCCAUGAUGGGAAAGAGUAUGACUUUGUUGCUGCAUGCUUUGAGUGGAGGGCUAAAAUCGCCAAUAAACUUGGUAUAGUCGAGUCUGAAGCUAACGAUGGCGAAAUAGCUGCUUUCAUUGCCUAUGCACUUGCAUUUCCCGAAUCAUUUGUCGCUUUAGUUGAUACCUACAAUGUUUUGAGAAGUGGUUUAUUGAAUUUUGCAGCAGUCGCAAUGGCACUUGAUCAGUUUGGUUAUCAUCCCAUUGGAAUUCGCAUUGAUAGUGGUGAUUUAGCUUACCUAUCAAAGGAAGCAUAUAAAUUAUUUCAACAAAUUGCAAAUCACUUUGAGUGCCCGUGGUUCACAUCAUUGCACAUUAUUGCAUCAAAUGAUCUCAAUGAAGAUACAAUUCAUUCAUUGAAUGAUCAAGGACACAAAAUAACUUCCUUUGCCAUAGGAACUCAUUUGGUUACAUGUCAAAAACAACCUGCUCUUGGUUGUGUUUACAAGCUCACGGAAAUCAAUUCUCAACCUUGCAUCAAACUGAGUGAAGAUUUAGAUAAAGUGACUAUUCCUGGGCGUAAAAAAGUUUAUCGAUUAUACGGUCAGGAUGGUUUUGCAAUCCUCGAUUUGCUUGCUAAAAGCAAUGAAAAAGAACCACAAGUUGGUGAUCGAAUCCUUUGUCGUCAUCCAAUUCUCGAAUCUAAACGAGCAUUUGUUAUACCCUCUUCAGUGACUUGUUUGCUAGAAAAAUGGUGGUACAAUGGAGAGAUUACUCGCCCACUACCUACAUUAGUAGAUAUAAAGAAUAAAGUAUCAAAGGGUCUCGCAACUCUCCGUCCUGACAUGAAACGUCACUUAAAUCCAACUCCAUACAAAGUAUCAGUGACUGAAACAUUAUAUGAAGAGAUGCAUUCAAUUUGGUUGGAGAAUGCACCUAUUGGUGAAUUAUCAUAGAAUGGCCCAAAGCAAAAAAGAUGCUGGAAAAACAUCAAUCUCAAGUUUACAAUGAAUCAGUUUCUGGCCAGAUAAAAGUUCAAAUUUUACCCAGUUUUACAGGUUUAUUCGCUCUCAAACAAACGAGCUUUAGCCUAGUUAGUUUUUACAGAUUAUUUAUUUUAGGUCAGAUCAAAAAUAUGAACAAAAAGUUAACUACUGCCUUGAUCAAUGACCUUUUUAUGAUUUUGACUGAUUAUCAAUUCAAUGGUCAGCAGUAAUACCUUAAAAUAUGCGACUUUAAGUUUCUUUUGAAAGUCUCUUCAUAGCUUUGCCAUAUUAUGGAAAUGAUCGAAUCAAUCUAAUAGCAUACAAAAUUUGGACAGAAUUGGAACCAAAGCUUCAUCUUAACUAUGAAUUUCGGUGAACUUUCUUGUUAAUGAGUUUACAAAUCUCUGUGGGACCCAAAAUGUCACUAAAUAUAUUGAUAAAUUGAAUGAUUUCAUGUCAUGCCAUAACUUUGGCAAAUUGAUUUUAUGUCUGCUAAUUUUUUUAGCUUUUAUUAUUUGGUGUUGAUAUAAAUGUAAUAACUAGAAGUAUUUAAUUAAUACCUCUUCUCAUUGUGAUUCAGAGUGAACAAGUUAUUUUAUUGUGUGUUAUUAAAUUCAUUAAAAA